AUGGCGGAGGACGAAGAUCCAAAGAUAGAAGUGAUAAGGCAACCCAGUGUGGUAAUUCCGCAUUUGCAAGAAUUAGAGAAACACUUUUUUGAGUUAGUCUCCUACGGAAACGUACCGGAUGUGCGACAAUUUCUCGAGGAACAUCCGGACUUUAAUAUCAAUGUAAUUGAUUUUCAGGGUGUAACCGCCCUUCAUGUCGCGGUCCACGACAGAAAUCUGCCGAUGGUAGAGUACCUGCUCACUCAUCCGGAUAUCGAUCCGGGUGAUACCCACUUGCACGCGAUCCGCGACAACGAGAUCAAGAUCACGGCGGUAAUAUUGAACAAACUGAACGACCUGUCGGCGGGUUUGGAGUACGCCGGUGUGACGAUGAGCACCGACUUUCCAGACGAUACGACGCCGCUCGCGGUCGCCGCGCAGUACGGUCACUUCGAGAUGAUCACUUACCUACGGAACAGGCAACACUCACUGAUGAAACCCCAUCCGCCGAGUUGCAUCUGCGAGAACUGCAAAAGCGAUCGAGAGAAAUACGAUUUGCUCGCGUUGGAGAAGAUGCGAAUGUUCGGCUACAAGGCUUUCUCGAAUCCGGCGUAUAUUUGCCAAACAGUUGACGAUCCGAUUCUAGAGGCUUUUAAUUUGUCAUACGAGCUGAAGCAAGCAGCCUCCUUCGACAGAGAAUUUUAUUACGAGUACAAAGAACUUGCCGAGAAUAUAACUCAGUUCGCGACGGAGUUAAUUGGUUGUGCCAGAACCAUUGACGAGGUGGAGUGCAUACUGAAACAGUCCACCGGUUUCGCACAUUCGUCCAAGUUUCUGUAUCCGCGGCUAUUGUUCGCGCUGCACAAUGUGCAAAGAACCUUCGUGGCCCACUCGAAUGUACAACAGUUAAUUACAAGCAAAUGGUUGGAUGGAUGGAUAGAGUGGAAAGUCAUGCACCCGGUCAUAAAGUUUGUGAGGGUGGUGUGGCGGAUCGUCAUGCUUCCAGUGAUAUUGGUAGUGUUCAUGGCCGCGCCCAAUUCCCGUUGGUCGAAAUCCUGGCAGUCACCGGUGAACAAAUUCAUCUCAUCGACUGCCAGUUAUCUGGUGUUCCUAAUGUUCUUGUUCCUUCAGUCGAACAUGGACAAGUCCGAGGAGCUUCGCGGACCACCCAGGACCGGAUACGUCUGGGUUUUGAUCAUCUACAUGAUGUCUUACGCGUGGGCAUCGAUCCGCCUCUUCGUCAUACACGGACCGAACAGAUUCUUCUCCAGACCGUGGUAUUGGUUUGAAACGAUCAUGAUAUUGAUGUUCACGAUGACGUUCAUAUGUUGGAUAAUUGCCGCUGUAGACGUGAGAGUCAAUGGGCAACUCGAACUGGAGAGGAAAUAUUGGAAUAUGUACGAUCCGACGUUAAUUGCCGAAGGAAUUUUCUGUCUGGCGACGAUCAUGGCUUUUUUAAAAUUGUUGUACAUUUUUCAAUUGAGCUAUAAUCUGGGACCGCUUCAAAUUUCUUUAGGGAAAAUGAUUGGAGACGUCGUCAAAUUCAUCGCAUUGUUCAUGAUAAUUAUUCUCGCAUUCACAGUAGGUACAUGCAAAUUGUACCAGUACUACGACGGGAUGGUGCGAACCGACGAUGAAUCGAAGAUAAAAACCGAACAGGUCAGCUCAUUCGUGAAUUUCUGGGCCUCCCUAAAAACGUACUUUUGGGCGCUUUUUUGCAUGAGUCCUAUCGAGAGCGCCGACGUGAUAAUUGAAAACCUUCCGGGAGAAACGGAAAGUGAAACUAUCAUCAAUCAUCAUGACAUCACCGAGAUCAUUGGCUAUAUAUCAUUCGCCGGAUUCACCGUUAUCUCUGUGAUAGUUAUCCUGAACAUGCUAAUCGCUUGCAUGUCCAACACGAUGGCGACAGUCACGGAAAACGUGAUCGUGGAAUGGACCUUCGGUCGAACUGAGGCUUACGUUGAUUUUAUGUUAACGGCUGCGCUUCCACCGCCGUUCAAUAUUAUCCCAACGUUCGUCGGUAUUCAACCAGUGAUGGAAUAUAUAAAAAUAUUUCUAAAACCUCCAGAGGACAAACGUGCACGAUGGGAUAUCAGUCACUGUUUUUAUAUUGAAUCCUUGGAAGAGGAUAAGGAUCGGCAAUUUUCAAUCGUAAUGUCGUCAUUGGUGCAACGUUACUUCCGGCAAAAGGAUAAGCAGAUAGAGGAGAAUGAAAUAGAUAGGCUAACGAAAGAAAUCUUGGAGCUGAGGACUGUUUUGAGAGAUGCAUUGGACACUGAUUGA